UGGACACGAUUGUACUCGUAACAUGAAACUGUACACCCUUGUCACCAUCCAUAGAACCUGAGCGGCUGUCGGAGGCGCACUUUAAAACAUAUGGUUAUUCUUCUCUAACGUUAGCACAGACCUAAUAAAGACUCUGGCGAAAGAAAAGUGUGUAUACACGGAGCAAUCGACGGUACCUAGAGUUCCGUCACAAGGGCCUUAGUUUUGGGAUGGACGACCUCACCCCACCUUCCACGGUGGCUGGGCCAUCCCAGUUUUGGCGCGUGUCGGAGCGCCGCAGCCGGAAGUCAGGCUCUCCCAACAUCUUCCGCGACGUGAACCUCCGGCAGCUCCAGCGGCUGUUCCAGCGGGCGGGAGACCAGGAUGCCGAGCAGCGGGCCCGGCUGGUCUGGGGCCACGGCGAGGCAGCAGAGCUGACCCAGGCGCUCAUCGCCCUGAGGGCCCGGGGCCGCAGGAGCAGGCUCAGGGUGGAGGGGGCCCGCGACGCCCAGGGAGUCAAGUGUCUCCAAGCCUUCGGCCAUCUUAGGAUCAACGAGACUUCGGUGGCCACCUCCGGUGACGAGGACUCGGAGGCAGAGCCCGGUCCGUUCGGUAGACCUGAGCCCACCCCAGGGGCCAUGCCCGGGGGCCAAGGGGACAAGCCCGUGGCAGAAGGACAUAAAGACUCGGAACGGCUCCAGAAGGUUCCGGUCAGCUCCCUAUGGAGGCCCAGGAUCCUGAGUCAGGAGAAGGACAGGAACCCAGAGCGCUACCUCCAUCGCAUCCUGCACUGAACACUACAGGAUCGCAGCCAACGAGACCGAGCUGGAAGACCGAGAUAAAACGGAGGACUGGGAGGGGUGAAGCCAAAUCCCCAAGUUUGGGAUGUACGUGUAUGCUGGACAAAGAACACUACGCUGGUCUGGUGGUAUUCCUUGCACAAAGACACUAAAGGACCUUGAUAUGAAAUAUUUAGAGAAGAGGCCGUUUAUUGAAACGGCACAUUGAAACACUCACAUGUUGUGCGGUCCCCAUGGUCUGUUCACACACUAGGUAAUCGAUUUUGCGGUCUGAGUACACAGGCCUACUAUUUAAGAUGCAAUAAAAGAUGGGACCGAGAGAGCAGUGUGAAGACUGUGCUUUGAAAUUAUCUUUUGGUCUUUGGAUGUUGGUUACCAUAAAAAGUGUGGUUAGAUUGCCAGAGAUCACAUCCCCUCACCGUUAUUGGUUUUCCUGUGUUGCAUCACGGAUUGCCUCAGGGAGAUAUCUUGUGAUUUUCACAAUAUGCCACAGUUAACUGCUGCAAGCUAAUAAUUGAAACUAAAGUGCGGUUCUGUUUUUGACAGAAUUGUCAGCUUCCAUUAAUACAGCAAAAGAACAUCACAAUCGGUUGUUUCCACAAGAUGGGUGGUACCCUCCACAUAGCAAACAUAAGGGGGACCGGGGUAUGUGGAUAAAUAUUCUCAAACGAUACAUUGUCACAAAUCAUUGCUUGUUACUUCACACCUCUCCAUUGGAGAAUAUUAUAGAUAUAAAGAGCAUAAGAUUUAAAAUACAUAUGUAAAUGGAUCAUGAGCAAUGUAUGCAGUGUAACCAUGUGUAAAAAGCAAGAUUUACAAAGCUGCAUUCUUGGGGACAUGUUCUCUCUGUAAAUCUCAAAACUAUAAAACCAUUUUAAAUGUAGAUGCUAAAACUAAUGUGUGUAUGCACAGACAUUGUGAUGUCAUUAGCAUUGCGCAUUGUGUUACCCAUUAAACUUUGUGUUUUUAUUUA